AUGUGGAGCGACCUGGCUGGGCUGGCGGCAGGGCUGACGCACAGCUACCUGUCGAGCUGCCCUCGGUGCCCUGAGCACCACUGCCCCGACUGCAGCUGUCGGUGCCCGAGCAUCCCAGCCUGCCCGAGCUGCCCGGCGUGUCCGGGCGCGCCCCGGCCGCUGCAGGCGGCGCCGGAGGUGCAGCUCGAGUUCGGGCUGCCGUGGAGCUGGGCCGCGGGGCUGCUCGCGCUCGGAGGCCUGGCGGGCGCCUGCGGCGCGGAGGCGCUGCGAGGCGCAGCGCAGGGCUGCUGCUGCCGCCGUCGCGCCGCGAAGGAUGCCGGCGGUGCUGAGCAGGCCGGAGGCCCCGAGCUGCGCGGCGAGCUGUGGCACCAGAGGCGGCGCGUCGCGAGCUCAAGGGUGUCUUGGGCGAUUAACUACAUCCUGACCCCGGACGGGGAUUGCUACCCGGAGAAGUACGAUUUGGAGGAGCAGAACAUCUCGGCGGUGAGGUACGCUGAGGCGCGCUGGCCGCCCCCGCCGGGGCUGGCGCGAGGCAACGUGUACAGGUUUCGCGCGGCGCCUUCCCAGCAGGAGCUCGACGACGCCGCGGAUCAGGCUGAAGCGAUGGAGCGGACGGAGCAUCGGGCCCGCGAGACGGCCGCCGGGCGCGACCCCACCGUGGUGCCGCCAGGGGGCUACAUCGAGCGCUUGCCCUGUGCUCAGGGCGCCGGCGCCGCGGGCCCCCCGGCCGCUCCGGCAGGGGGAGCCGCCGUGGGUGCGGCUCCCGCCGCCGCUGCUGCGGGGGCUGCCGCCGCCGCGGGAGGACCUCGGCGGGUCGGCACCGUGGUGUGGGUGGUGGUGGAGACGACCGAGCGUCAUCGGCGCGGCGAGGAGCUGGCCCUGCCCGCUGGCGCCGUGGCGGUGGAGGACGCGGCCACCUACGACCACCUGGAGCUCUGCAACCUCGCGAGCUUCGAGGGCCUGUUCCGGCAGGCCCAGCUGGUGGAGCACGUGUACGAGCAGCAGCGGGUCGCGAAGCUGGCGAGCAACAACAAGGGCAAGAAGGGCGCUGGCAAGGGCGGCGGGUUGCUCGACGAGGCCCUGGUGUUCACUGGUCAGCGCCGGGACGCUGGGGCCGUCAUGCUGGCGCCGGAGUUGAUGGACUUCGCAUCGCGCGAGGUCGAGAGGGAUGCGAACAUCAUGAAGCAGGUGCGGAAGGCGCGGGAAGAGCGCCGGGCCCUGAACAAGAAGAAGGACGGAGUCUCCGGGACCAUCGCCACCCUCAAUGAGCUGUGCGGGGGAUCAAACCACCCGAGCGGCUCCAAUUUGCAGCCCAGCGCGGCGCAGUUGGCGUGCCUGGAGCGGAUCGAGCAGGCGCAUCGCGACCUCGGCACGCCCCCGGCCGACUUGCAUGGACAGGGGGCCCUGGAGGAGCUCCUGUCGAAGCAGAGCUACGGCGGUUCCGCCGGAGCUGUUGCGCCCCUCGAGGUGGAGCGGGUGGCCUUACCCAGUCUCCAGCGCCGACCUGCUCGCGUCCAGGAUGUUGGCGGCUCGGCGGGCGUGAAGGUUCUCGAGGUCCUCGAGAGUUUGGUUCGGACGUCCGAAGAGGGCGAAGCAGAGGAGGAGCGACAGCAGCUGCGGCGCGCCUACAACGACCCGCUGAUCAGACAGAAGCCGAAGGAGUAUGCUAAGCUCCUGCGGAUGCUGCACGAGCGGGGCAUCGUCGAAUAUCGGCGCAGCUGCAAAAAGAGUGCGGGCACAUUUUGUGUCUGGAAGAAGGGGGGCGAGCAGCGUCUUAUACUGGAUUGCCGCGUGAGCAAUUGCUGGUUUAAGGGCGCCCCUGGAGUGAGCUUGGCUACUGGAGACAGUUUUGGUCGGCUAGAGUUCGAGGGGAACGAGCCGGUGCACGUCUCGGGAGUCGACAUCGAGGUCGCCUUCUACUCCAUCGGCCUCCCCGAGGAGCUGCAGGAGUACUUCGGGAUGGAGCCUGUCUGCGCUGGCGCCGUCGGCGUGGGCUGGCUUGGCGGAGUGCGGCUGCGUCCUGGGGAGAAGCUGGUGCCCGUGCUGAGUGUGCUACCCAUGGGCUUCAAGGGCGCUCUGUGCGUCUGCCAGGCCCUCCACGAGGCCGUGGCCGAGGGGGUCGCGGGCGUUGAGGGGGGCAACCGGCUGGUGGACGGGAGGCCAGCGCCUUCCGUUGCCCGAGGGCCGGCGCACACCGAGCACGUGGACAAUUUCGUGGCGCUGGGCACCGAAGGCGAGGAGGGGCGCCGCAUGGCCACCGAGGUCGGCGAGGCGCUGAAGGCCGACGGGCUUGGCGCGCACCCGGUGACCUGCAGCCGCGGGGGGGACACGCUCGGCUGGCACUUCGAUGAGUGGCGGCCGGCCGUAGGCGUCGCCCCUCGCACCGCCUGGCGCCUCACCCUUGGUUUGCGAGAGUUACUGCGACGGGGUCGUGCGAGCGGCGCCCAGUUGAGAAGCAUCGUUGGUCACAUCACGUUCCGCGGCUUGCUCCGACGACCCAUCCUAUCUGUACUUCGCACUGUCUACGCUUUUAUCGAUCGUCAUCCUGUUCGGGUUGCGCCUCUCUGGGGCACAGUAAAGCAGGAGCUGGAAUGGAUAAGUCGCCUGGUGCCCCUGGCCUCGAGAGAGCUCAACAUGGAGUGGAGCCCCAAGGUCACCGUGUUCGACGCGAGCGAGUGGGGGUACGGGGUGAUGGAGCGGCGAUGCGAGCUCGGAGCGAUCAAGUAUGCUGGGCAGUACUCUGAUAGGCCUUGGAACGUCUCGGGGGACCAGGUGAUCUUGGAAGCUCGGGCCGGCGUGUGGGCCCUUCGUCACAUUCUUCGGGGCAGCCGUGCUAUAGGACGCAGACACCUCGUUCUCAGUGAUGCCAUGGCCGUUGUGCUCGGUGUGGCAAAGGGGCGGAGCUCGAGCCGGGCCAUGGGGCGCUGCCUUAGGCAGUGGGCUGCCCUGUGCCUGGCCAGCUUUGCCGUCGUCCACGUUCGCUGGAUCUGCUCCGAGCGGAACGCGGCGGACGGCGCCUCGCGGGGCUCUGAGGAGCGCAGCGCCGCGGCUGCCCGGCAUGCUGAGCCGCGGGCCGACGGAUCGACGGCUCGCGAGCGCCUCGCUCGCCACGACCUCAGCGGCUUCGAGUUCGUGGAUCCCGUCACCGGCGGCUUCAUCGGCUGCGAGGGGACCGAUAGCUUCGUCUUCCGGCCGCAAGCAGGGCCGCUGGCGCGAGCUCGGCCGCGCACCAGCUCGCGGGCGCCAGCCGCGAGGUUGCCGCCGACGGCAGGCGACGCGGCGCUGGUGGAGUGGCUGAACGCGCAGUUCUUCGAGGGCGAGCCCCUGGCGACCGGCGCGAAGAUGCUGGCGGCGCUGGGCCACCUGCUCCCGGGGGUGCCCCGUGGGGCGCUGGAGCUGCGACGCUCGCGGCGGGCGCUCCAGGGCUGGAGGCGUCACAGCCCGUCCAGCUCGCGCCUGCCGCUGCCGUGGCCUGUGGUUGCUGCCUUGGUGAAGGAGAUCCACGCGCAGGGGCAGCUGGCGGCCGCAGGGGCCACCCUUGUGGCGUUCGUGCUGCUGCUGAGGCCGGCGGAGACGCUGAGGUUGGCGGGCGGCUGCCUGGUGGCUCCGGUGCGAGGCGGAGGCCGCAGCCGCCGCAAGUGGUCAGUGGUGCUCCACCCCCAAGAGAGAGGAGUGACCUCGAAGGUGGGGGCGCAGGACGAGUGCAUGGUGUUCGACAACCCCGAGUUCGACCUGGCGCUGCCGCUGCUGGAGUGGCUGCUCAAGAGCGUGCCGUUCGGGAAGCCUCUCUUCCCGCUGAGCGCGGCCCAGUGGCAGGAGGCCCUGAGGGCGGCGGCCAGGCGGCGGUUUCCCAGCCUCGCCGCGCCCACGCUAUACCAGCUCCGGCACGGCGGCGCGUCCCACGAGGCGCUCACGCAGUUCCGCAGCUCGGAGGGCCUCAUGCGCAGAGGCAGGUGGCACAGCCAGCGCUCCGUGAAGCGGUGCGAGAAAGGAGGGCGCGUCAACCAGGUGCUGCAGUCGCUGACGGCGGAGGAGCUCAACGCGGCGCUGGAGGCCGAGCGCACCCUCGGCGCGUUCCUCUCGCGGACAUACCGCG